GCUCGCAGGUCUCAUUGAGCACAAGGUCUCCACGUGAGCAAAACAUGUCCCUUUCUUCAUAGGUGCUCAAUCUGUCUCACAACCUACACUCUCUUUACCCACCACCACCACCACCACCAAAUAUUUUCUAUAUAUACAUAUAUAAAGACAGUGUAUUAGAUUAUCUCAUCAUACCCACCAUUCUCAUUCACACAAUUCAUCGAACAGCAACAAAGCAACCAAAACUAUAGCUGUUUUGGUUGUGUUUUGAUUGAGUUCAACAAUUAUUUGUUGUUGAAUUCGAUAGCUUUGUUGUUCCAGCUUUGAUUCAUGGAACGGGCUCGGCGGCUGGCGAACCGGGCGAUUCUCAGGCGCCUGGUUUCCGAGUCUAAGCAGCACCGAGCCAAUGAAUCAUUGACCACCUCUUCGUCGCCAGUACUUUAUUCGCCUUCGAGGUAUGUUUCAUCAUUGACUCCAUAUGUUUUUCAUGGAAAGGGUAGUAGAUCAGAUGCGUUACUAGGGAGGAAUGUGUCACACAAUGCUGGUUUUGGUGUUGGGUCUCAAGUUCGAUCCAUUUCGGUCGAAGCUCUGAGAGAAAGUGACACUUUUGCUCGCCGACAUAACUCAGUAACCCCUGGAGAACAAACUACAAUGGCUGAAUUUUGUGGGUUCUCGAGUCUAGAUUCAUUAAUAGAUGCUACUGUACCUAAAUCGAUUCGUCUUGAAUCGAUGAAGUUUGCCAAGUUUGAUGAGGGGUUAACAGAGAGUCAAAUGAUUGAGCACAUGAAAAAGUUAGCUUCUAUGAAUAAGGUUAAUAAGUCAUUCAUUGGGAUGGGAUAUUAUAACACCUACGUUCCUCCUGUCAUUUUGAGGAAUAUUAUGGAAAAUCCGGGUUGGUAUACACAGUACACUCCGUACCAGGCUGAGAUUGCACAGGGACGUCUCGAGUCCCUGCUCAAUUAUCAGACCAUGAUUUCAGAUCUUACUGCCUUACCCAUGUCGAAUGCAUCCUUACUUGAUGAAGGAACUGCUGCUGCUGAGGCAAUGGCAAUGUGUAAUAAUAUUCAGAAGGGAAAGAAGAAAACUUUUGUAAUUGCCAGUAACUGCCACCCACAGACGAUAGAUGUAUGUAAGACGAGGGCUGAUGGUUUUGAUAUUAAAGUAGUCAUUGCUGAUCUCAAAGAUUUCGAUUAUAAAUCAGGUGAUGUUUGUGGGGUUUUGGUUCAGUAUCCAGGAACAGAGGGUGAGGUUUUGGAUUAUGGGGAGUUCAUAAAGAGUGCUCAUGCUAAUGGGGUAAAGGUUGUUUUGGCAAGUGAUCUCUUGGCUUUGACAAUGUUGAAGCCUCCUGGUGAAUUCGGGGCAGAUAUUGUUGUUGGCUCAGCUCAGAGGUUUGGGGUUCCAAUGGGUUAUGGGGGUCCUCAUGCAGCGUUCCUGGCCACAUCCCAAGAGUACAAGAGGAUGAUGCCGGGAAGAAUUAUUGGUGUCAGUGUUGAUUCUUCAGGAAAGCCUGCCCUACGUAUGGCAAUGCAAACCAGGGAGCAACAUAUCCGAAGGGACAAGGCUACAAGCAACAUUUGCACUGCUCAGGCGUUGCUUGCGAACAUGGCUGCAAUGUAUGCUGUUUACCAUGGACCAGAAGGCCUUAAAAUUAUUGCUCAACGGGUCCAUGGUCUUGCUGGGAAUUUUGCUGCUGGACUAAAGAAACUGGGAACAGUGGAAGUGCAGGGGCUUCCAUUCUUUGACACAGUGAAGGUCAAGUGUUCUGAUGCAAAGGCAAUUGCUGAUGCCGCUUACGAAAGUGGGAUCAAUUUGCGGAUUGUUGACCAGAACACCAUUACUGUUUCUUUUGAUGAAACAACAACACUAGAAGAUGUGGAUAAGCUUUUAAAAGUCUUCGCAUGCGGCAAGUCUGUGACGUUCACUGCCGCAUCUCUUGCACCAGAGGUCCAGAAUGCAAUCCCUCCUGGGCUUACAAGGCAGAGCCCAUAUCUAACUCAUCCAAUCUUUAACUCGUACCAUACGGAGCACGAACUACUUCGAUACAUUCAUAAAUUACAAUCAAAAGAUCUCUCAUUAUGCCACAGCAUGAUUCCCCUGGGAUCUUGUACAAUGAAGUUGAAUGCAACAACAGAGAUGAUGCCCGUGACAUGGCCUAGCUUUGCAGACAUCCACCCUUUUGCCCCUAGCAAACAGGCUCAGGGUUAUCAGGAAAUGUUUAAAGAUUUGGGUGAACUGUUGUGUACCAUCACUGGAUUUGACUCUUUCUCUUUGCAACCAAAUGCUGGUGCUGCUGGCGAGUAUGCUGGGUUGAUGGUCAUCCGUGCAUAUCAUAUGGCAAGAGGAGACCAUCACCGCAAUGUAUGCAUCAUACCAGUCUCUGCACAUGGGACAAAUCCUGCAAGUGCUGCUAUGUGUGGUAUGAAAAUUGUUGCUGUGGGAACUGAUGCCAAAGGAAACAUCAAUAUUGAAGAGUUAAAGAAGGCUGCUGAAGCAAAUAAGGAGAACCUGUCUGCUCUUAUGGUUACCUAUCCUUCAACUCACGGAGUUUAUGAAGAAGGCAUCGAUGAGAUAUGUAAGAUAAUCCAUGAUAAUGGAGGUCAGGUAUACAUGGAUGGAGCCAAUAUGAAUGCGCAGGUGGGUCUGACGAGCCCAGGCUGGAUUGGUGCUGAUGUUUGCCAUCUCAAUCUCCAUAAAACAUUCUGCAUUCCGCACGGUGGAGGAGGUCCUGGCAUGGGUCCUAUUGGUGUGAAGAAACACUUGGCACCAUAUCUUCCAUCACAUCCCGUGGUACCCACAGGAGGUAUACCAGCCCCUGACAAGUUUAAUCCACUUGGUACCAUUUCUGCUGCACCAUGGGGCUCUGCACUUAUUUUGCCAAUUUCAUAUACCUACAUUGCCAUGAUGGGGUCUAAGGGACUCACAGAAGCAUCAAAGAUAGCUAUCUUGAAUGCAAACUAUAUGGCGAAACGUUUGGAGAAACACUACCCCAUUCUUUUUCGUGGUGUGAAUGGAACAGUUGCCCAUGAAUUCAUUGUUGAUUUAAGGGGCUUCAAGAAUACUGCUGGAAUAGAGCCUGAGGAUGUGGCGAAACGUCUUAUGGACUAUGGAUUUCAUGGACCAACAAUGUCCUGGCCAGUUCCAGGCACACUCAUGAUUGAACCCACUGAAAGUGAAAGCAAGGCAGAGUUGGACAGGUUUUGUGAUGCUCUUAUCUCCAUUAGAGAAGAAAUUGCACAGAUUGAGAAAGGAAAAGCUGAUAUGAACAACAAUGUUCUUAAGGGAGCUCCUCAUCCACCAUCACUGUUAAUGGCUGAUGCAUGGACAAAACCGUACUCUCGGGAAUAUGCAGCCUUCCCUGCUUCCUGGCUCCGAUCAUCCAAGUUCUGGCCCACCACAGGACGUGUUGACAAUGUCUAUGGUGACCGCAACCUCAUCUGCACCCUUCUCCCAGCAUCGCAGGUUGCUGAAGAACAAGCUGCAGCAGCUACUGCUUAAGCGUUUCAGCUUUGCACCAUACACCGCAAGGUCCCUUCACUGACAUGAAAGCAUUUCCUCUCUUCUUCCUCUUGUGUAUAAACAAUUCAUAUGCAUACGCUUCUUUUCAGCUGUUGACUUGAUUUUCAAAAUCUGCUCUGAUUGCUGCUCAA